CCUACCGCGAUAGCCAAAUGUAGCGCUGCCAGACGAACUUGAAUCGUUUGGUCAGGUCUUGUGGAGUGAUUGAAAUAACUUUUCAUAUAAUUAACGUCGGAAGAAAACAAUAUGGUUAUGAAACUAGCUUACUGGGAUAUCAGAGGGCUAGCCCAGCCCAUUCGUCUGCUGUUGGAAUACACCGGCACGAAGUAUGAAGAGAAGUUUUACUCUUGUGGAGAAGCUCCCAACUAUGACAAGAGCUGCUGGUUUGAUGAAAAGGAAAAACUUGGAAUGGACUUCCCUAAUCUUCCCUACCUGGAAGAUGGUGACAGGAAGAUUGUCCAAAGCAAUGCCAUCAUGAGGUACAUUGCACGCAAGCAUAACAUGUGCGGAGAGACUGAGGAUGAAAUGGUCCGAGUGGACGUCUUGGAGAACCAGGCCAUGGACUUCCGCAACGGCUUCGUCAUGCUCUGCUACACAGACUUUGAUAAAAUGAAACCUGGUUACCUGGAGAAGCUGCCAGGCGUGCUGAAGCGGUUCUCGGGCUUCCUGGGAGACAGGCAGUGGUUCGCGGGCAAGAAGAUCACCUUUGUGGACUUCAUUAUGUACGAGCUUCUGGACCAGCACCGCAUGUUCGAACCCAAAUGCCUGGAUGACCUGAAGAAUCUGAAAGAGUUUCUGGACCGCUUUGAGGGGCUGGAAAAGAUUGCUGCUUACAUGAAGUCCAAGAAUUUCAUGAAGGCUCCUGUGAACAACAAGAUGGCAAAAUGGGGAAACAAGAAAGAGUGACGAGCAGAGAGAGGAGUGAGAACAGCGCAAAUAUGCCGUCAAAUUUAGCAAAAACUAACACAAGCUAAUUGUGAUCCAUUCAUUUGAUUUUAUAGAGCCGUAGAGCUAUUACUUCAUACACAUAAUUGAUUGUCUAACGUAUGGUGCUUAUUACCAUGCAUGUUAUUGAGUCAAUUUGUAGAUCUGAACUAGUUCGAAAGCCCUUUUCUUCUAAGGUCUCGUAAAAGCUGAUUUGCUAUGAGUGUGGGGUUACAUUUGAGUAGAACUGACAAUGCACAACAACCAAGCAUUUACUUUAUUCCA